AAAUAAAAGGCUCUUAACUCCAGGCUUUACCUUCUAGCGUUAGUUCGUUCAGCGCCUUCGAUUCCAAUAGAGAUAGAGAGAGAGGAGGAGAUCUUCGCUUCUCUCCGUCGUUCUGCUCCAUUUGAUAACCGCUUGCAGUUCUCUCAGACGUGAAAAAUGGGGUUGUCUUUCACAAAGCUAUUCAGCCGACUUUUCGCCAAGAAGGAGAUGCGUAUACUGAUGGUUGGGCUUGAUGCUGCUGGUAAAACCACCAUUCUUUAUAAGCUUAAGUUGGGAGAGAUUGUCACUACCAUUCCUACCAUCGGUUUCAAUGUUGAGACCGUGGAAUACAAGAACAUCAGCUUCACGGUUUGGGAUGUUGGUGGCCAGGACAAGAUCCGACCAUUGUGGAGACAUUACUUCCAAAACACACAAGGACUUAUUUUUGUGGUUGAUAGCAACGAUCGUGAUCGUGUGGUUGAAGCUAGAGAUGAGUUGCACAGGAUGUUGAAUGAGGAUGAGUUGAGGGAUGCUGUCCUGCUAGUAUUUGCAAACAAGCAAGAUCUUCCAAAUGCUAUGAAUGCUGCUGAGAUUACUGACAAGCUUGGCCUUCAUUCUCUCCGCCAACGGCACUGGUACAUCCAGAGCACAUGUGCCACUUCUGGUGAAGGUUUGUAUGAGGGACUGGACUGGCUUUCGAACAACAUUGCAAACAAGGCAUAGAUGGCAUGAUUGAGUUGUCAGUCUCACCAAUGCUGGCCCCUUUUAGAGUUCCGGAUGUUUAUCCCGUUCAAGUGUUUUUGGUUGUUCGUGGUCAUUUGUUUCUUGCAAACAUUGCCAUUUGUUACUUGUAGUUUAACAAUAAUUGAUAAAUUGUUUGUUUCCUUUAUGGUAUUAUCCCGAUAGCUGAAAAAAAAAAAAAAACUUCCCCAAGUUUGGGCAGUUAUUUUCUUGGUGGAAAUUUAAGGAUAGCAAGCUUCUUGAAUGCUUCUUUUAACUCGGCAAUAAAUGAGAGCCUUUCUUCUUUAGUAAA